GCUUCUUAUUUACGUAUUAACGCAUCACAGUACAGGUGCCCAGAAAGUAGAAAUUUCAUUGUGUUCUAAUGUUCUGCAGCUCCAUUUUAGGAAGAACCCACCGUAGAAAUUGGGAAAAGAAAAAAAAGACGGGGAGCCUGUCAGACAGCCAAGAGGCCAUCCCAGCCGCGGUUAGACGGCCAGGAACGAUCCUCACCUGCUCCGCCCGGCGAAGGUACGGUGCUGGUACUCACGCUCUAGCCUCUUGGCCAUUGUUCAUCCACCAGGCUUAGUUUCCUGUCUCCUUAGAACUCAAGGAUACAGAGGUACGAGCCUAUAGAACAGAUCCUGUUCAAGUAAGGUCGUGGCCAACUCUCACAAAUGGAACCUUAUAUUUUGGUUUCCGGUUUCAUAGUUGCCCGAUGUGGGAUAUUUCUCAGUUUUUGUUGUUGAACUGAGACUAUCUAUCAGACUAGCGCAAAUGGAAGCAAUAAGGGUUUAAUUGAAUUCCGAAGCUGAUGGUUUGAUAAACAGUUGUUGAUUCAUCAUCGAGGUCAGUUAGCAAUUUCUUCCUCAGUUGUUUUUGCAUUUAUAUUCUGUUUUGAAGAAGAUUAGCAUGCAUCUCAAUCGCUUCAUAGUUGUGUAUAAUUCCGUUAGGGAUUGUGUAUAAGGAAUCGACAAAAUUAUUCCUUUUUCACCGAAAAUGAAAUAAUGAAUAGAGUGACUACCGGGGAAAUGGGGAUAUACCGAUAUACUAUCAUUCAAUUUUGAUCGCCGAGACGGUGAUUACUACAAAAUCGAAAUGCCGUCGCUGGAAACCUUUCUCAGAAGUAACGGAACUGUUCAGUUACAUGCCGUCAUUACUAAAAUGCAAUGCAUGCCGGAAAAUCAUUUGCAAGGGUGUUGGUCAAAUCAUUUUGGAAAUAAUUGUGUAUUUGUUCAGCAAAUUUAUGAGGAAAUUCCUUACCAAAGAGUUAUUAUUGAUCAUAUCGGAGGCAAUCAUUACGAAAUCAUGAUCAGAUUCUUAUAUACCAAAUGGUGCCCCAAAUUGGAAAAGAUCUUUGCCACUUAAACUGGAUAAAGAAGAAAAUUAAAGAGUCAAAAUGGAGCAAAUUAAAGAUUUUAAGGUUUGGAGGAGAUCGAGAUCGAAGGCAGCAGCCUGAAGAACGAAUCAGAGAGAGAGGGAGGGAGAAACGUAACGGCGGUUUCUGUGGAGGAGGUAGCCAUGGGGACACCAGAGGAGAGGGCCGCAUUGAUUAGGGAGUCGAUACGCAAGAGCCAAACCACCACCGAUAGCAUGGUCACCAUUCUCGGCUCUUUCGAUCACCGCCUCUCCGCCCUCCAAACCGCCAUGCGUCCCACUCAGAUAACUACACAUUCAAUUAGAAGGGCGCAUGAAAACAUUGGCAAGACGCUUAAGGUUGCAGAGGUGAUUUUGGGCCAGUUUGAUCUAGCACGAAAGGCAGAGGCGAAAAUAUUGAAGGGGCCACAUGAGGAUUCUGAAAGUUAUCUUGAGGGCUGUGAUCAGUUAAGGAGUAUUGUUAGAACUUUCAGUGGUAAGAACAACCUUAAGAGUAGUGUUGGGGUGAUCACCUACGCCACUACUUUACUUGCAAACUCUAUUAUUAAGCUAGAAGAUGACUUCCAACAGCUUCUUACCUCAUACAGCAAACCUGUGGAACCAGAUUGUCUUUUUGAAUGUCUGCCCCAGUCUCUACUCCCAUCAACAGCAUCACCUGAUCCACAUGAAGGUAGUGGAACAAAAGAGCACCAAACUAAGAAUUUGAAAUCUGCGGGUUACGAUCUUCCUGAUCUGAUUCCAUCUAGAAUACUACUGCUUCUUCAUGACCUGGCCCAACUAAUGAUUCGUUCUGGACACCAGCAGCAAGCUUUUAAUAUUUACAGAAAUAUCAGGUCUGCAUUUGUUGAACAGAGCCUCAGAAAACUAGGUGUGGAAAGAUUAAGUAAAGAGGAUGUUCAAAAGCUGCAGUGGGAAGUCCUAGAAGCCAAAAUUGAAAAUUGGAUUCAUUUUAUGCGGAUUUCAGUCAAUCUUUUAUUUGCUGCGGAAAAAAGAAUUUGUGAUGAAAUCUUUCACAGUCAUGAUGCUCUCAGGGAGCAAUGUUUUGCAGAGGUUACUGCAAAGAGUGCAGCAGUCCUCCUGAGUAUCGGAGAGGCUAUUGCUAAAAGCAAAAGAUCACCUGAAAAGCUAUUUGUCCUUCUAGAUAUGUAUGAAAUAAUGACUGAACUUCAUCCACAGAUCGAUAUAAUAUUUGGAAGCAAAUAUUUUAGUGAAAUGAGACAAGCUGCUCUCGUUUUGACUAAACGUUUGGCUCAAACGGCUAAGAAUACCUUAGCACAUUUUGAGGAAGCAGUUGAGAAAGAUGCCACAAAAACUGUUGUUGAUGAUGGAACUGUCCAUCCAUUAACUAGCUAUGUGAUCAAUUACGUGAAGUUUUUAUUCGACUAUCGAUCAACUCUAACACACUUUUUUCUGGAGUUUGAUGGUGGUGAUGCCAAAGCCCAUUUGGCGGCUUUGGUAACACGAAUAUUGCAAGCACUUCAGAGUAAUCUGGAUGGGAAAUCCAACCAGUACAAAGACCCUGCUUUGACUGAAUUAUUUAUGAUGAACAAUAUACACUACAUUGUAAGAUCAGUGCGCAUGUCAGAAGCAAAAGAUUUGCUAGGCAAUGACUGGGUGCAAAUACAUAGAAGGGUAGUCCAACAACACGCAAAACAGUACAGGAGGAUCUCUUGGUCUAAGAUUUUGAAGUGCCUAUCCAUUCAGGGACUUUCCUCAGCUGGGAACACUUCAUUUAAAGGCCAAGCUUCUCCUGGCUCUAGCAGUACUGUUUCAAGGGCAAUGGUGAAAGACAAGUACAAGACCUUCAACGCGUCGUUUGAAGAGCUUCAUCAGAGGCAAUCGCAGUGGACAAUUCCCGACAGUGAGUUGCGUGAAUCGUUGAGGCUGGCUGUUGCUGAAGUUCUCUUGCCCGCUUUUAGGUCUUUCAAUAAGCGUUUCGGGCCUAUGAUUGAGACCGGCAAGAAUCCCCAGAAGUAUAUCAAAUACACUCCUGAGGAUCUGGAAAGGAUGCUGGCUGAGUUUUUUGAAGGAAAAUUGUAGGCAUCAAAUUAUUUACUCCAUAUUUACAUAUAUGCAUAUCAAAUUAUUGAAGAAUGAUAUAUACUUUUUGCUCCCUCUCUGUUUCCUAAUAAGAAUGUAUGAUGCCUUUGAAUUUUUUGUAUGAGGGUGAUGUUCACUUGAAGCUCAUACUUUUAAAAUCAUGCAUCUA